CCCAUCAAUAGCACCGACAUCUUUGCAGAGAGUAACAGAGUGAAGCUCCAUGGCGCCUGUAUCAUCGUCCCCUGCUGUGUCCAGCUUCAACGAGCCCUUUAUCUCGGCCCUCGAUGUCGCUGCGCCUAACAACGCCAAUGAUGAUCCGAACUACUAUGCUCGUUAUCCGCGCUCACUGAUCACGACCUCUCAUCUAGACGCCUUCAUGACAGGCACCGGUUCCACCAUCUACAAAUCUUUAGUACCCCUGCUUGAGUCUGCCUCCCAUGAGCUCAUUCUCGUCACCUGCUUCUGGGCCAGGUCCAAGACCCUCGACACACUCAAUCAGGUUCUGAGAAACCUGUCUGAAAAGGCCAUCCGGAGAGGGACAGACAAGAUCAGGGUUCGACUAUGCUUUUCUUCCAGCUCCGUCUUCCAGAAAUUAUUCCACAAGCAAGCUACUACAGGCCAGACGUAUUCACCGUCAGCAUGGAUCAAGAAGCUGGGCUUACCUGACCCAUCUGAAUUGAACGGACUGGACCUUACCAUCAAGUCUAUCUUCAUUUUACCAUUCUCAGUCAUGCAUCCAAAAUUCAUCCUCAUCGACCGGAAAACCGCAGUGUUACCGAGUUGCAAUAUCAGUUGGGAAGAAUGGUUCGAGGGUGCUGUCACCCUCACAGGACCUGUUGUCGAACAGUUUCUCAAGUUUUAUCGCACUUUUUGGGAGCGGCGAGAGGAUGCUCCAACCACUCUCGAUGCUCCUGAAGGUGUCGCAGUCAAGCUCCACGAUGCAUUGACAUCUUCGCAAUUAUUGUCGGCUCGGGAUAUACACACCAUUUUCCUUCCAAGCCCGCACCAUCGUAAUCCACGCUUUAGCUUCACCGGAGCUCAGGAUGCCCUUCAAGCCCCGCCGACUCCCUUGAAUGUUUUCAUACUCACGAUUUUCGCAAAGGCCGAAAGAAGCAUUCGUAUACAGACACCAAACGUGACUGCACCACCCGUCCUAUCCGCAAUACUUCGAGCGCUUGCCCGUGGUAUUGACGUCCGGAUCUUGACCUCUGAACGUCUCAUGAUACUCGAGCAAUUAGUUACAGCAGGUACUACAACCUCACGUUGCAUCAAGAAGCUCAUCAAACGCUAUCAGCAGCUGAGUCACAACGGUGGUAACCCAAACGACGAAGAGAUGGCUAUAGCGACUCCCAAGCCUGGUCACCUACAUGUAGCGUACUUCGAGCCGAUCGGCGGGCCUAAAAAGAGGGGUAAUGAGGUGGGGGAGCCUCAACAGUCGCAUCUCAAGAUGACCAUAGUGGACGACGAGGUGCUUGUUCUGGGCUCUGGGAACUUUGAUCGGGCGAGUUGGUUCACGAGUCAAGAGUUGGGUGUUGCUUUCUUCGACAAGGAAGUGGUCAAGAAGGUUGAGAGUGCAGUUGAUCAAGGUACACAAGGGAGAAGUAAAGUAGUGUUUGACAGUGAGCGCUAAUUUGGAUCGCGUAAGACGGUCUAUGUCUAGCAAGUUGUAUUGAGAAAUAUAGCGGUGACCCUCAUACACAUUCCUUUGCACUUGUUUUCCG